AUGGUUUCAAAAGUAGAAGGUCGUCGUUUGCGUACACAACUUAGGAAGAAUUACGUGGACGAUGAUGAUUUCUUUGAAGAAGUAUUUGAAAAAGUACAAAGAUGGCAGAUUGAAGAGAAAUUAACUGCUUCAGAUAGUUAUCAAGGAAAAUUUGUUGAAGAACUUACAGCUGACGAAUUCAAUUUAUCCUAUAUUCAACGUACCGGUUUUCCAAAUCCAAUUAUUAUAAAACAACAUCGAGGCUUAGGUCUUCGAGUUCCAACAUCUAAUUUUACAAUUCAUGAUGUUCGUGCAUGUAUUGGUUCUCAACGUAUAAUCGAUGUUGUUCAUGUUGAUACUCAAGAAUCAUCACAAAUGACAAUGAAAUCAUGGACAGAUUAUUAUGAUCAACCACCAGAAAAACGUUCUCAAUUAUUAAAUGUUAUUUCACUUGAAUUUAGUCAUACAAAACUUGAAAAAUAUGUUGAAUCUCCAUCACUUGUACGUGAAAUUGAUUGGGUAUCAAAUGCAUGGCCUCAAUAUUGGCAAAAUCUUCAAGCUCAAUAUCAAAAUAAUCUCAAACAAGAACAUAUGUAUUAUCCAAAAACUCGAAAAUAUGUUCUUAUGUCAGUUGCAAAAUGUUUUACUGAUUUUCAUAUUGAUAUGGGUGGAUCAUCUGUUUGGUAUCAUUUAUUAAAAGGAAAGAAAGUAUUUUGGUUAUUACCACCAACUGAAUCUCAUUUACGUUUAUAUGAAGAAUGGAAUUUAUCUGGACAACAAAAUGAAUGUUUUUUUGCUGAUUUAUGUAAUUCAAAUGAUUGUCAAAUGAUAAUUCUUGAACCUGGUUGGACAUUUUUUUUACCAUCAGGUUGGAUUCAUGCUGUAUAUACAAUGGAAGAUUCUCUUGUUUUUGGUGGAAAUUUUUUAAAUUCUUUUAAAAUUCCAAUGCAAAUACAAGUUUGGAUGAUUGAAAGAAAAGUUCGAGUACCUGAUCGAUUUCGAUAUCCAUAUUUUAUUGAAAGUAUGUGGUAUAUUAUUCAACGUUAUGUACAUAGUCUAACUGGUAUUACACAUAUUGCUGAUGAUUGUUUGGAAUAUGCACAAAAGCAACAAGAAACAGAUGGAAUAAAAUCAACAACACCAAUCAAUUCUUCAGGUAAAAAUAAAAAAGCUACAAUCUAUUCAUAUAAAUUUCAAUAUCAACAUUUGACUCGAUUUGAACUAGACGGUCUACAAACAUUAUGUUCUCUUUUACGAAAAUUAAAAGACAAAUCGAUCCCGGAAGAUCUUAUUCAACCACAACAACUUUUGGAAUCAAUGGAGCGUCUUCUUAUUGAUCAUGUUUCUGAUGAUUCUCAAUUAUCAAUAACUGGUCAAUCGAUAAUUCAUUACAACUAUAAUCAACAAUAUACAUUCGAUAUAACUAACAAUCAAAACGAAACGGAGACUUUUCAAGGCAUUAAACGUAAAAAUCCUGAUCAUAAUAAUAUGCAACAAUCAUCAUUUCAUCUUAUUCAUCCUUCACAACAUCAAUAUGAAACAUUAUCAAUGCAACAACCAACUACAAAUGUUGUUACAUUACAUCCAUCAACAACUGUUUUAUUAAGUGGACCAUUAGCUAGUUCUAAUUCAUCAAAUUAUUAUCCUUCUCAUCAUCCUCUUCCACCUCCACAACAACAACAACAGCAACAACAUUAUAUUAAUAAUUAUAAUCAAUAUACUCCAACAAAAUCACCAACACAACAACAUUAUCAAACAGAUAAAAAUAUAACUGCAAAAGAUCGACAUAAACGUGUUCGAUGUAAACAAUGUGAACCAUGUUGUCGAGAUGAUUGUUCUGAAUGUGUACAUUGUAAAGAUAUGCCAAAAUUUGGUGGUGUUGGAAAAAUGAAACAAUGUUGUUUAACAAAACAAUGUAUUGCACCUAUAUUACCAUCAACAGCAACAUGUCAAGUAUGUUUAAAAAAGAAAGGUUCAAGAAAAUUAUCUCAAUUAAAACCAGAAGAAAUUCUUUAUGAAUGUGAACGUUGUAUGGAAAUUCAUCAUUUACCAUGUUUUCAUACUGCUCAUUCUGAUGUAUCUACAAGUGAAGGUGUAUUUAGUGAUGAUAUACCUGAAACAUGGUUAUGUCCAAAAUGUAUUACAGCUAAUACACCUGAACCACCUUUGUAUAAAUUACGACCUAUUGUUCGACGAACAUUAGUUACAACAAAUAAAGGUAAAAAUGGUCUUAUUGAAUUACCAUAUUCAGAUCCUUCACAACAACAACAUCAUCAUCAUAUUUUACAACAACAACAACAACAACAACAGCACCAGCAACAAUAUCAUAUGUAUGCAACAAAUAUAAAUACGAAUUUACAUUAUACAGAUUCGUAUGAAGUUAUGGAAAAUGAAGCAAAAAAACGCCGUCUUUAUGCAAGUAUGUAUACAACAAAUGGAAAUAUUGAUUCACCUGGAAUACCAACCAAUCCAUCGUCAACAAUGAAUAAUAAUUUAGUUGCUCUUGAUGAUCUUUCACAAUCGUUAAAUGAUUCGGAUUUAUAUAUUCCACAAAUGUUUGCUGUUUAA